GCGCGGUUUUUGUUGGAGGCUGCGGGCAUGCGCUGCACGGAGGUGGGUCGGCUCGCGGCCGAUCUCACUGAUCGCCAUAACUGGGAACCAGGGGAAGCUGGUGAGGGCGUUGGUGCCUGUUGCUGGGUGAAUCAGAAUGGGUGACAAGCCGAUCUGGGAGCAGAUAGGAUCCAGCUUUGUGCAGCAUUACUACCAAUUGUUUGACACAGACAGGACUCAACUAGGAGCAAUAUAUAUUGACGCGUCAUGCCUUACUUGGGAAGGACAGCAAUUCCAAGGAAAAGCCGCUAUUGUGGAGAAACUCUCUAGCCUUCCCUUUCAGAAGAUUGCGCACAGCAUAACUGCACAAGACCACCAACCCACACCAGACAGCUGUAUAUUGAGUAUGGUUGUAGGACAACUUAAAGCUGAUGAUGACCCCAUCAUGGGAUUCCAUCAGAUGUUCCUCCUGAAAAACAUCAACGAUGCCUGGGUGUGCACCAACGAUAUGUUCCGGCUUGCACUGCACAACUUCGGCUAAGGGCAGUGUGGGAGAAAGGGGGGAAGGAAACCCCCAUGUCCAUCCACGCCUCUCUUCUGAGACUAACCACCUCUACGGGAUUCCAAAUAUCAUACACAAAAAAACCGCCACGCAGAAAUCCGCGACCUCUUUUACUUUGCUGAAUCGCGGCAGUCUGUGGGAAAUCCUCAACUGUUGUGCAUGAUGUUUGGAAGCUAGAUUAGCUGCAUUUGACGACGCCAGUAUAACCCACCCCCGCCCUUUCUGUCCCUCUUUAUUUUUCCAGUCGUGUGUUGUUACCAGCAUGCCUUUUAUUUUUUGGUUUUCAGUGUACUGACCGGUUACUCUAGCGAUCCAAAGAACCAAUGCAUCAGCUACCUGUAGUUGACAUGAACCGUAAAUUUGACAUAAUUACAAAAGCCACGAUACACAAUAAAACCUUGACAUUUUCUUAAUAA